AUCACGGCAUUUGGCUUGGUAUCGGGGACAUGGGCUGCGUUCCGCUGUUCGUCUUGCCCGCCUCUUGCUCGGAACGUCUCGGAUGGCGCAGGCGAUGGACACGGUAGCCCCGCUAGCGCGCUCGGGGCACGCUGCGCACGCGAACCGCUGCUUGACGGCGCUCCCGGCGUCUCAGAUCGAGCUUGACUCGUCAAAGGUAGCGCUUGCGUACUAUUGCCUGGGGACGCUGGAUCUGCUGGGGCUGCUGGAGAGCAAGACGAAUGAGCGCGAGAGGGAAGGGUGGCGCGCAUGGUUCUGGGAACAGCAGGCGCGCGGACCCCAUGGGACUGCCUUCACUCCGAGCCACUUUAUGAGGACGUCGCUAGAGGAAGAGUACACAGACGAGAGCGCGCCACAUAUCAUCAUGACCUACACCGCACUCUUGAGCCUGGCUAUCCUCCGUGACGACUUUACUCGCCUCGACCGCAAAGGGCUCAGCCGCUUUGUAGGCUCCUGCCAAUUGUCGGACGGAAGCUUCGGUACGACGCCAGCACGCGCAGACGCCGACCUACGCACGACGUAUUGCGCCUUCGCCAUCUGCAGCAUGCUCCGCGACUGGUCCGCAAUUGACGUGGACGCCGCCGUAGCGUACAUCGCGCGCUGCCGGUCUUUCGAAGGUGGGUAUGGCCAAGCUCCCUAUGGGGAGGCACUGGGUGGAACAACCUACACGGCAAUCGCUGCGCUGUACUUGCUGCCGGAUGGCGCACCUCUGACGGCGCGUGAGCGCGCGCAAACGAUACGAUGGCUACUCGACAACCAAAAAUCAAGCGGCGGCUUUUCGGGACGUCUGAACAAGGACCCGGAUGCGUGCUACUGCUUUUGGUGCGGCGGGGCGCUGAAGAUCAUGGGCGCAGGUCAUCUCGUCGACGAGGACGCGCUCACGAGUUUCCUUAACCGAUGCCAAUUCCGAUAUGGUGGAAUAUCGAAGGCGCCUGGGGAACACCCAGACCCAUAUCACACCUACCUCUCGCUCGCGGCCGCGUCGAUGUACCCCACAUCAACGACCGACGAGACCUGGGCAUUCGAGCCUUUCGAUUGCCUGCUGAAUGCGCGGGAGGAAACCGCGAAGUGGGCGAGGAAGUAUAUUCCUGCGGCUAGAUAAUGGUGACGUCUCUGUGGUCUUUUUCUACUUACAGCCUUAAGUUAUACCUUGCUCUAUUUGACCCCUUUCUCGGAUUUUUCUGCAUACGCCUGAAUGCGACGUGCAAAAAUCCCGCGAAAUAUUACUCGACCUGUAGCCUGCGGGGCAUAUGACCGCCCCCUCCUUGGAAGGUAAGAAUAGAUGCUAUGGUGAUGCUCGGACCGUUGGCCAAGUUUUACGUAGCGCAGGCUUAAGAUAUACAGCUUUCGG